AUGAGUUCUCCAGAUGCUGAGAUGGCUGCCUUUGGGGAGGCGGCUCCUUACCUCCGAAAGUCAGAGAAGGAGAGAAUCGAGGCCCAGAACAAGCCUUUUGAUGCCAAGUCAUCUGUCUUUGUCGUGCAUCCUAAGGAAUCCUUUGUGAAAGGGACAAUCCAGAGCAAAGAAUCAGGGAAGGUCACCGUCAAGACUGAAGGGGGAGAAACCCUGACCGUGAAGGAAGAUCAAAUCUUCUCCAUGAACCCUCCCAAGUAUGACAAAAUCGAGGACAUGGCCAUGAUGACCCACCUCCAUGAACCCGCUGUGCUGUACAACCUCAAAGAGCGUUAUGCAGCCUGGAUGAUCUACACCUACUCGGGUCUCUUCUGUGUCACCGUCAACCCCUACAAGUGGCUGCCCGGGUACAACCCGGAGGUGGUGUUGGCCUACCGAGGCAAGAAGCGCCAGGAGGCCCCUCCACACAUCUUCUCCAUCUCUGACAACGCCUAUCAGUUCAUGCUGACUGAUCGCGAGAACCAGUCUAUCCUGAUCACCGGAGAAUCCGGCGCAGGGAAGACUGUGAACACAAAGCGUGUCAUCCAGUACUUUGCAACAAUUGCAGCCAGCGGAGACAAGAAGAAGGAAGAGCAGCCAACAGGCAAAAUGCAGGGAACGCUUGAGGAUCAAAUCAUCAGUGCCAACCCACUGCUGGAGGCCUUUGGAAAUGCCAAGACCGUGAGGAAUGACAACUCCUCACGCUUUGUAAGUUGUUGCUUAGACAAAAAUCCUUCCUCAUUAGAACAGUAG